CGCGCCGUCGCCCAUGGACAGGAGACUCACUUCCACGCCCAUCUCGCUGCGCUCGCGCGGCACCUCGACUUGUGCGAUCGACUGGUCGAGAGAGGGGAGGAGGUCGAUCAGGAGAUAACAAGGAUGAUGGAAGAGUGGAAACGCGUCGAGGAUGGAGGCGAGAGUAUGAAGGAGGAGUGCGAGAGGUUGCUGGAGGAACGGUUUAGUCUGUUAGAUGCGCUCCUCGAGCUGCAAGACGCGCUCGGCGCUCGGCUCGACUAUUUCGCCGAGCUCGAGCACACGCCCCGCAUGCUCAACCAUCCGGGCGAGGCUCUCGUCCUUCAAACGGACUUUUUGUAUAUGGUCGAGCGUGUCGAUGUGUGCAUAGAGUUUCUGAAGGGUCAUCGCCAUUACAAGGAAGCAGACAUCUACCUUCUCCGUUUUGAGCAGUGCAUGACACGUGCUAUGACACUCGUCAAAAUGUACGCCGUCGGUUCGCUUCGCGCGCUCGCGCAGGACGUCGCGAGGCGACUUAGUGAGAAUGACGUGUCCCCUACCGUCCAGUCUCACCUGCUCUACACACGUUUCGCAACCGUCGCUGCCACCUUGUCUCCGCUCCUCUCUGAGCUCGAGCGCCAUGCCGCGGCACACCCGGCAUCUCUGUCUUCCCUCCUCGAUGAGUGCCAUGCUGCAUACUUCAGCACUCGGAGGAGCUUGUUGGUAGCUAAAAUCGCGGAGGAGGUGAAGGGACUGGAGCCUGGGAGGGCUGAGGUGGUCGAGUUGACACGAGCCGGAUGCAGCUAUCUCAAGCAGCUAUGCACCGACGAAUUCGAACUCCAUAGGUCGUUCGGGCGAGGACCAUCUCUAGACAGCGCAUACCUCGAAACUCUAUGCGACUACCUCUACGAUGAUCUACGCCCACGUAUCCUCCACGAACAACGCAUCUCUGCGCUAUGUGAUGUGUGCACCGUCCUCCAGGCGCUGAUGGUACUCGACGCGCCCGCGCCUGAGAUGAGCACUGGAGUUGAUUCCGACGAGGAAGACGUCUUCUCGACCAACGCCGGAGUCUCCCGUGGCAAUGCAGGCACGCUGCACAUUAGCCGAUUGUUGCAGAUGGUGCUUCAGAAUGCGCAGACACGGCUGUUUUUCAAAGCGCAGGCGGUCAUCCAGAGCGAGAUCAGAUACUAUGUGCCCAAGACAGAGGACCUGGCAUAUCCCGAUAAAAUCGUUGCCGCGCGUACGCCCAUGACGGGGUUGCGGGAGAAAGAGCGCGAGAGCAAUCAAACCUCGCUUGCCAGCCUCGAGCGUCGCGACACGUGGUUCCUGACGCUCGAUACGACGGCACGCGUGCUUGCGCAGCUGCACGACUUUGUUCAGCCUGCAAUCUUCGAUGAUCUCGCGCAAGAAGCCAUUACACUUUGCCGACAUUCGCUUUGCGCUGCCGCUGAGAUGAUAGAGGCCAGAGCCACGGGUGCUGCGCUGGAUGCGCAUCUGCUCACACUUAAACUUGAUGCGUGA